CUGUGUGACAUGGAGUUCAGUUUUGAGUACAAGACAUGCUUUGAGAAACAUUUGAAAACUUUGCCUAGUGUUGGACCUCCGACUAUAUUGGCGUAUAAACGAGAAUCUUCUGAAAAUGAUCAGAUACUGGCUAUGAUGAAGAUUCUAAAGGAGAGGUCUGGGAAAGAACUGUGCAGAUUUUGCAGAAAUCCAUUGAUGCCAUUUCCUGUAGAAUCUACCUUGGACUAUGACUUCUCCCAAGAGGUCUUUUGCUGCAGACAGUUUAGGGACAUGAUCCAGUGUCUUUUCAAACAACAAAACUGUCUUAUGCAGAACAAAGAAAUUGAGAGAAUUUCAGUGUCCCCUCAUGGGCCUUAUGGAAAUGAGACUGAGAGACAAAAAGCAAAGGAAAAAAACUGCACUUAGGUAA